AUGCAUUUCCUGGGCCAUCGCCGGUCGGCGUCGCAGCAGAGCGUCGGCGACAAGGAGAAGCAGGAGGAAGAACAACAGCAGCACAAGCGACAUUCCCAUCGGCUCAGCGCAACUUCGGCGCUCUGGCAAGCGGCCCAGGCCUUGGGCUCCAUUGGGGCCCCUGCCAGCAGCACUGCUGCGGCCAACGCCAUCAGCCAGAGCCAGAACCAGAGCCGUAGCCAUAGCCGGAGCCACAGCCAGGCCAGCCUCAGCGUCAGCGCCAGCAUGGACAUGGACGACGCUACGGCGGCCACCGAUUCCCUCCACCAUUCGCUGCCCAAUCCGGUACCCUCGCCCUCUGGUGCCUUGUCAUCCCACUCUCAGCAACAGCAGCAGUCGCCGCGGUUGCAGUACCAGCUGCAGCCCGAACACCAGCAACACCAGCAUCAGCGGCAUCUGUCGCCCAACCGCGACCCCAAUCAUCCUCCUUCCAUAACCCUCUCUCCUUCUCCAACUUCAUCUCCUCAAUUCGCCUCAGGAGCCGCGCCUGCGACUGCGACUGCGACCGGGCCCCUUGCGCCCAAGAAACACGCCGUCGCCAACUUCUACUACGAAGACGACGCCGAGCACCUGAAUCACCACGAUCGCGGCCUCAACAUCGCCAACGCCGCUGCCGCCCCUCCUUCUCCCCUCGCCGCUGCCGCUGCCGCUCCCGACUCCGCUUCCUCCCGUCCCCUCCAGCCUCGCCAUUCCCACUCCUACUCGCAAUCUUCUGACCUCUCGCAUUCGCCCACUCACUCCCAUUCCUAUUCCUACUCCCACUCCCCUUCCUAUCACUCCCGCUCUCAUUCAUAUUCCCAGCAGCAGCAGCAGCAGCAGCGUGCUUCCAUUCCCGCCGCGCUGCAUCCGGUCCAUGGCCACCAGCUGCACCACCAUCAUCACCACGAUUCGACCUAUUCGCUGCCUGCACACCCCACUGCGACUGAGACAUCAGGGCCGCCGGGCCUUUCCCCCUCCGUCACUCAUCUCUCCUCGUCCUCCCACGCGCCGUCCUUCUCCGUCGCGGCCAUGAACCAGCAACAACAACCGACACCUCAGCAGCAGCAACAGCCGCCGCCGCAGCAGCAACAGCAGUUUUCCUCGGCCACCCCGCGUCGAACCAACACAUACGGCUCCCAGCACGACGAACUGCACAUGCCUGCUGGCAUGAUGCAGCACGGCCAGCUAUCGCCCCGCGAAUACUCGUCCUCCUCCGCCGCCCCCGCCGCUCCCCAGAUCAAGCUGGACCAGGCCUCUCCGAACGCCCCCCAGUUCCAGAGCACAUCGUCGGUGCCCAACGUACUGCAACCCGGCGGUGCAGGUGGCCGUCCCCCCGCCAUCACCGCAACCACCGCCCCGGCCAUGGCUACAAUGCCUCAGCAGUCGCAAGACUACCAGACCCCUUCCAAGCCCAGCUUGAGUCUCACACACAGUUACUCGCGCUCCUCCCCCGCUGCCAACUACGAAGGCGCCGCAACAUUCGCGCCCUACACCCCCACGACCCCCAGCGGAUCCGGUUCUCAAUUCAUGUCGCCGCCAGAUCAAAAAUACAAUGCUCCCGGCUCUCAGCGGAACAUUUCGAACACUCCGCUAGGCUUGGCUGAUAUUCGGCCCCGUGCCGACUCUGGUAUGUCGGAUGGCGUGCCUGGCAGCACCGCCUUCGAUCUCGCCAAUGUCCAGCCCGGAACGAGCAACUAUCUUGCUCCUUGGGCACUCUAUGCCUUUGACUGGUGCAAGUGGCCGCCUCAGGGCAACGGAGCGGGCAAGCUCGCCGUCGGUAGCUAUCUGGAGGACGGACACAAUUUUAUUCAAAUCCUCGAUACCCAAAUGGUGCCGACCCCCAACGACGUCUACCAGCCCGGAACUCCCAAGUUCAAUCUCGAAUUCUCAAAGGUUGCCGAAGCCACACAUUCGUACCCCGUAACCCGCCUCCUAUGGGAACCGCCCUCUUCGCAGAAACAAUCCACCGAUCUCCUUGCGACGUCCGGCGAUCACCUCCGAUUGUGGUCUUUGCCCUCGGAAAGCCCUGUGUCCCAGAGCAACUCGAUCAACCGACAAGGCAGGGAUCCCGGCGUCACAAAGCUCACCCCUUUGGCGCUUCUCUCUAACUCCAAAACCCCGGACCACACUGCGCCGCUGACCUCAUUGGACUGGAACACGGUCUCCCCAAGCUUGAUCAUUACUUCGAGCAUAGACACGACCUGCACAAUCUGGGAUAUCCCCUCAUUGACGGCGAAGACGCAAUUGAUUGCUCAUGACAAGGAGGUAUAUGACGUGCGCUUCUGUGCCAAUAGUGUGGAUGUGUUCGUGAGCUGUGGACAGGACGGCAGUGUCCGCAUGUUCGACUUGCGCAGUCUUGAGCAUAGCACAAUUAUAUACGAGCCCACGGGCAAGGAUGACCGAGAUGCCAAUGGCGGUCGGAUCAGUCCUACCCUGGCCCAGCAGACCAUGUCGAACCCUCCUCCUUUGCUGAGACUGGCGACGUCGCCUCACGACACUCACUUGCUGGCUACGUUUGCGCAGGACUCCAACGUUAUUCGCAUUCUGGACGUGCGCCAUCCUGGACAGGCCUUGUUGGAACUUCGCGGCCACGGCGGUGCGCUCAACAGCAUCGAAUGGUCGCCCCUUAAGCGAGGCGUCCUGGCUUCCGGAGGAGACGACUGCCAAGUCUUGCUCUGGGAUGUCUACAACAACAACCACUCCCUCGGUGGCGGUCCUGCUGCCAAUGGCGCCGGCCAGCCCGAUAGCACACGAAGCCCAUUCGCUAGCUGGCAGUGUGAUUACGAAGUCGGCAACCUUGCGUGGGUACCGCAUCUCUCCAGCGACCAAGGAGAGUGGUUGGGAGUGAGCGCAGGCAGGGGUCUUUGGGGUGUCAAGACAUGCGGACGGUCUGGUGUCUGA